AUGCCGAGAGGAUUUUUGGUGAAAAGGAACAAGAAACCAAACCCGGUGUCCUACCGGGUUCGCUCCGAGGAAGAGGAAGCGGAGCAAACAGCGCUGCCGCUGCCGCCCUCCUGCGCGCCUCUCGCCCACAUCCCGGUGCGCGCACAGACGCCGACGCCCACCUGCGGUGCUGCUGCCACGGCACCGGAGCAUGUAGCCAGACCGGUGCAAUUCGGGAACCCGGAGGCGGUGUACCAGGCGCUCUACAGCCCCACCCGCCCCGUGAGCCACGACUACGACCGCUCCUACUUCGAGAGACGCUUCAACCUCGGAUCGCCGGUUUCCGCGGAGUCUUUCCCCGCACCGGCAGCGCUCCCCGCGUCGGACCACCUCUUCGCCCCGGUGGACCUGAAAAUCGGCUCCAGCAACAGCAACCGCACCGAAGCCAGCGCCGCAUCCACCGCGACGCUCCCUACCACCGCCCGUACCAAACGGCCGUCCAGCGACACCGAGCGCAAAGGCAAACCGCAGUCCAAGAAAACCAAAGCUAUCCGGAAACUGCACUUUGAGGAUGAUGUCACCACGUCCCCGGUCCUCGGACUCAAGAUUAAAGAGGCUCCGGUGGACCAGAAGCCUUCCAGACCGCAGCAGCCCGGAGGUGGGGACAACGUCCCGCUGGGGGAGUUCGUGUGCCAGCUGUGCCGCGAGGCGUACGCGGACCCGUUGGCUCUGGCGCAGCACAAGUGCUCCAGGAUAGUCCGGGUCGAGUACAGGUGUCCUGAGUGCGACAAGGUGUUCAGCUGCCCGGCUAACCUCGCCUCGCACCGGCGGUGGCACAAACCGAAGCCGCCGCAGAGCGCAUCCUCCGGCGGGCAACACUUGGAGAGCGACAACAAGGCGGCUGGCUCCGGUAAGACGGCGCCGGAUGAAGCCAAGGAUACUAGCGACAGGGACACACCCAGCCCCGGGCCGUCCGAGUCCGGCUCAGAGGAAGGGCUGUAUGAUUGUAAUCACUGUGGGAAAAAGUUUAAGCGCCAAGCGUACCUGCGGAAGCACCUCGCGUCCCAGCACAGCUCCCCAAAGCCGGCAGAGGACGAGGACGAGCAGAGCCCGGCCCCGCUAAACCUGAGCGCCUCCGCCUGCCACAUGUGUCCGGUCUGCGGGGAGAACUUCUCCAACAGAGGCAGCCAGGAGCGGCACAUCCGCCUGCUGCACUCCUCGCAGGUCUACCCGUGCAAAUACUGCCCCGCCGUGUUCUACAGCUCCCCGGGACUCACCAGACACAUCAACAAAUGCCACCCGUCCGAGAACCGGCAGGUGAUCCUGCUGCAGAUGCCGCUCCGCCCCGCCUGCUGAUCCGGGAAUAAAAGUCUGCUGCUUUCACUGUCAGAUAACAAGCCUUGUGUCCCU